AUGAUAAUACCUAAAGUAGAAAUUGCCUUCUUAAUUUAUAAUUUUGAGUGUAAUAAACUAAGAAUUUAUGAAAAGUCAGAAAUCAUUAAAGAAUUAAAUAGAAAAAUAAAUAAGUAUGGUAAUUUUUCUCUACAAAGUAGUUAUAAGUAUGUUAAUAAUUUCUCUUAUACAACGAAGAUAUUUCAUUAUUUUUUUAAACUAACGGAAUAUUAUCUUUUUAAAUAUUUUAACAGCAUUAUUGUUGAUUCUAUUUUUUUUUUUAAAUGUAUAAAUGAUAUUAAAAAUAACUCCUUUUAUGAUAUCCAAAAGGAAGAAAUGAAAAAUCAAUUUAAUAUCAAUCAAAAUAAGGAUGUAGAAAAAAAUGAAAACAUAAAUGAUUAUGAAAAUAAAAAAAUAAGUGAUAAUUAUUAUUUUGAUUGUAAAACUUUACAUCUUUUUAUCGAAAACCUAAAAAGAAUACACAACAAAAAUAAUAAAAAAAAUGUUAGCAAAAAUAAUAAUAAUAUUAACAUUAAUAAGAAAAAUACCACUAAAAAAGCAAAUACAGAGAAAGAAAAUAAAAACGUUACAGAAAUUAAUCCAUCAGAAAAAUUAAAAUUUCGAAAAAAAUUUUUAUAUGAAUUGUGUGAAAUUAACAACUUUUAUAAUAAGAAAAAUAUAAUGGUUAUUAUUACAAAAAUUUUUCGCAAAAUAAUUAAUAGAAAUAAAAUCAGGCAAUUUAUAUGUGAAAAUGAUAAAAUAAAGAAAAAGAAUUAUUUGAAAUUCUUUUUAAAUUUAUCUUUGGGGAUUUUUAUUUACGUAUAUAUGUAUAAAUAUAUCAAAGAAAAUUAUAAGAAUAUUGAAUAUUUUAUAUUUUUAAAUAAUUUAAAAAAUAUCAGACAAGUAUAUUUUAAUAAUGUACCAUAUUUAGAAAAAAAUCAAAUAGUUAGUUUUAUUAAAUAUAUAAAGUUUAUUAAUAUUCAAAUGUUUCAGUACAUAUAUAUAUCGUUUUUUGUUAGCAUAUACAAAUAUGUUAACCUAAUUUAUAAUUUAACAAUUUUAUCAUUUUUCAGUUAUUUCAAGUAUCUAUAUGAAAAAAAUAAAGAAGAAUCACUUAAAAAAAAAGAUGAACCAUCAGAAAUCAAAUAUAGUCUUAAAGGUAUAGAAAUUAUAAAAGAUGAAAUAUGCAAGAGAAAAAAUGAUACUAACAAUGAACAUAAAAAUUAUGAACAUCAUGAUAAAUCAUUUAGAGAAAAUAUAGAAAUAAAAGAAAAUGAAUCAUUUAGAUAUGUGAGAAAAGAAAAUACAAAAAUAGAAACGUAUAAAGACGCUAAUAAAAUUACAAAUUAUUGCACUAAUAAAUAUUCUAUUGGAGAAAAUAAAAAAAGAGAACAAGGUAUAUAUCAUAUACUUAAUGAAAAUUAUAAUUUCAAAUUAAAUAAUUUAAGUAAGGAUACUCCUUUAAAACAAGAUUAUAUUUAUUCUGUUGAAAAUAAAAGAGAGUAUAUAAAUGAAUUAAUCUACGAUUGUUAUAUAUAUGUUUUUAUUUUUUUUAAAUAUAUAAGAGAUGUAAGAAAGAAAAUGAAAUCAAAAAUUAUAAAAAUACAAAAACAUAUUAAAAACAUGUUAAGUGUAUUUGUUAAAAUAUAUAAUUUUAAUAAGGUAAAAGGAGAAGAUAGAAAAAAUUCUUUGAAUAGAAAUUUGGAGAAAAAAGAUGAUUAUUAUGGCAUAUUAGAAAAUAAUGACUCCAUAAAUAGUUAUUUAGAUAAUGCAUUGUAUUUUUUGUAUUUUAAUUAUAUAGAAUUAAGCAAAAGUUACAAGAGUUGUAUAAAAAUAAAUUACAAAAUUAUUAAAUUAGUACACAUGUUUCAUUUAUUAUUAAAACAUUUUUAUAAGUAUUUUCCCGUUUUAAAUAUUAAAAAAGAAAAUUGCACUAUUUAUAAUUAUUAUAAUAAAUCUUUUAUAUACAAUGAAAAAAAAAGAAAAAAAGAUAAUAAAAAAAAUUUAAAUGAAAGAAAAGAAAAUCGUGAGGGAGAAGAUAACUUUGACGUAUUUAAAAACGUUAUUGCUUAUCAAUUAGAAUUUUUUUACUUCAAUGAAAAAAAAAAUCAUGAAGAAGAAAUAAUUCAUGACUUAGUGGAAAGUAAUGAAGUUGAGUCAUUUGAUCAUAUAUUUAACGCAAAUGUGGAUACAUUUUUUUCUUUCGAUGAUGUGAAGCAAUUUAAAGUAGAAGGAAUAGGAGAAAUGGAGAGAGAAGGAAAAGAAGGGAUAAAAGGAGGAGGAAAAGGAGAAGGGAUAAAAGGAGGAGGAAAAGAAGAAGAGAUAGAAGGAAGAGGAAAAGAAGGAGGAGAAAAAAGAGAAGAAAAAAGAGGAGGAGAAGAAGAAAGAGGAGAAGAAAAAGACAGAGAAAGUGGAAAAGGAUAUGGAGAAGAAAGUAUAGAAAGGGUUUUAAGUAAUAAAAUGUUAUAUAAUUCAAAAAAAUUAUUUUUAUACUGUCUUAAUAACAAUUUGGAUAAUUUUUUAAUUAAUGUAAAUAAAGGAAAUUUUUCUUUCGGAGAUAAUAUAGUAGAAUGUCAAGAUAGAAAUGAUAUUAAAAAAAAAAAUAAAAAUUAUGUUUCAUAUAUUGGAAAAAUAAAAACUAUAAAUAUAGAAAAAGAAAAAAAUAUUUUACAAUCACAAAACAAAAAUAAAAAUUUAUCUUUAUGCGACAGCGCAAUUUUAAAUGUUUUAAAAAAUAAUAUGAAUGUUUAUAAUAUAACAAUUGAAAUAAUAGAAAAUUUUUGUAACAGAAAAUUAUCAUUUAUAGAAAAUUAUAUAGAUGAUUUGAAUAUGUAUAACAAAAAUGUUUUGGAAAUAUAUAAUGACAGUAUUUUUGGUAUUCACUAUAAAUUUGAAAAAGAAGCUCCUUUUGAAAGUGAUGAAUUAAUAAAAAACAGAAAGUUAUUAGAAGUAAAAAUAUUUUUAGAUUAUGAAAAAAUAUACACAAAAAAAACAGUAGAAACGCAAACACAAAUUUCUUUAUUUAAAAAGGAUAAAUCAAUACAGAUAUCAAAAGAUAAAGAAGUAUGCACAACAUCAGAACAAAUAAUUCAAACAAAAGAAAUUAGUAACCCAAUUUUUUAUUUAAAAGAUAUAUAUGACUAA